CUGCUUCUCUCGUCGCCCUCCUGCGUUCACCGCCGUCCGAGCUGCUUCCCUCCAGUUUUCCGCGCUUCCUCCUCCAAAAUUGUCCGCACCACAGCAGAAACGAUGAUGUCCAGCCGCUCUGUUCUCUCCGUCCAGAAGGAGAACAACGUGAGCAGCGAGAUGAACAAACUGUCGCUGAACAAAGAAAACACGCCUCCGAGUCUCAGUUCUUCCCGCGUCCUGGCCUCCAAAACCGCGCGGAAGAUCUUCAAGGACGCUCCGGCCAAAGAGGUGAAGGCGAGCGGUGGCGGGCAGACGGAGCCGCUGCUGAAGGACAACCCCCGCCGCUUUGUCAUCUUCCCCAUUCAGUACCAUGACAUCUGGCAGAUGUACAAGAAAGCAGAGGCUUCCUUCUGGACCGCAGAGGAGGUGGACUUGUCCAAGGACCUGCAGCACUGGGAGUCCCUGAAGGACGAGGAGAGGUACUUCAUCUCGCACGUGCUGGCCUUCUUUGCGGCCAGCGACGGCAUCGUCAACGAGAACCUGGUGGAGCGCUUCACCCAGGAGGUGCAGGUGACGGAAGCCCGCUGUUUCUACGGCUUCCAGAUCGCCAUGGAGAACAUCCACUCUGAGAUGUACAGUCUCCUGAUUGACACCUACAUCAAGGACCAUGGAGAGCGAGAGUACCUGUUCAACGCCAUCGAGACUCUGCCCUGCGUGAAGAAGAAGGCCGACUGGGCGCUCAACUGGAUCGGCAACAAGAACGCCAGCUACGGGGAGCGGGUGGUGGCCUUCGCUGCUGUGGAAGGCAUCUUUUUCUCGGGCUCCUUCGCCGCCAUCUUCUGGCUGAAGAAGCGAGGUCUGAUGCCUGGUCUGACCUUCUCCAACGAGCUGAUCAGCCGAGACGAGGGCCUCCACUGUGACUUCGCCUGUCUGAUGUUCAAGCAUCUGCUGCACAAACCUUCUGCAGAGACGGUCACCGCCAUCAUCAGGAACGCUGUGGAGAUCGAACAGGAGUUCCUGACGCAGGCUCUGCCGGUGAAGCUCAUCGGGAUGAACUGCGACAUGAUGAAGACCUACAUCGAGUUUGUGGCCGACAGACUGAUGAUGGAGCUGGGCUUCCCCAAGAUGUUCCGAGUGGAGAACCCCUUCGACUUCAUGGAGAACAUUUCUCUGGAGGGAAAGACCAACUUCUUUGAGAAGCGUGUGGGCGAGUACCAGAGGAUGGGGGUGAUGUCGGGCACCAGUGACAACACCUUCAGGCUGGAUGCAGACUUCUGAGGCGCCACGCGCGCGAUUGUACAUAGCUUUUAGCUGCUUUUUAAAAUGUAAAUUAUUGUUUUAAGAUCAUUAAAUGUUUCUGGGAAUGCGAGAGCCUUGGUGUUCUGGACGAGUGAGUCUGGGAUGUCUCACCUGAUGAAGGGCUGCCUUGUGUGGUGACACAGCCCAUGAGUCGUACAGACACGUGUAUUUAUUUUACUGCAG